GCAAAAACCAUAUGAUGACCAUCAUCAAGAUCAAUUUGAGGACCAGCAACAAUUUCGGAGAAGAUUGCAAAGUCUCAGUUUAAGUCUGUACGAUGAUGCCGACAAGAUAAAAAAUAGAGAUCAUGGUGACAGCCGAGGUCGUCAUGAUAAAUGGGACCAUACUGACAAACGAGGGCAUGAUAGAGAUGAUAGAGAUGAUAGGCGAGAUCGAGAUGACAGACGUGAUCAAGACGAUAGACGAGACCGUGAUGAUAGGCGUGAUCAAACUGAAAAACAAAACCGUGACGACAGGCGUGAGCAAUAUGAUAGACGAGACCGUGACGAUAAACGAGACCGUGAUGACAGGCACGGUCAUGCCGACAAACGAGAACGUGAUGACAGACGUGAUCAAACUGACAAACGAGAAAGUGACAGCAAGCGAGACCAAGAUGACAGACGUGAACACGGCGAUAGACGAGACCGCGAUGAAAGACAAGAUCAUGAUCGUAACAUUCAACGCAACCGAGUCGAACAGAGUGACCGAGACGUCAGACGAGAAGUGCAAGUCCAACGUGAUGACAGUACCACACACGCCCAACAAGAUCGUGAACAGAAUCGCGAUGAUCAGGAAGCUUUAAGAGUAAGAUAACUUGGUUUAUCAUUAUCGUCUGCCUGUAAAUUAACUAGUAAUAUUGAAAAUACGAUAAAUAUAUUUUGGAUUUUCUCUUUGAAAUUCCGCGAGUUUUUCGGUAUGAAAGAAAGAAAUAAUCACAUUGAAGUACUCGUAUAUUCCAUGUUAGAAAAUUAUAAUAACGCAUUUAUGUUGCUAUUGUCCGAAA